UUCCAGUGUUAGCCUCUGGCCUCACCAAUGGGCUGGCAAAAGAAAAAGUCUUAGGUUUAAAGUCCAACAAGUAGAGGCUUCAGACCUAGGAUUCCUGUGUUCCCUGCGCAAUAUCGGGACACAUGGCCAGAGCUGGUGGGAACCUGAGGGUCUGGGGGAGCUUGGUGCUACUGGGUCUGUACAGCUGUGCUGUGCCCCGGGCGGCUGCUCUAAAUGGAGUGAGUAACCUGACGGCAGAGGCCCAGACAAACAGCUCCAUCACCCUGAGGUGGGAGGCCUCAAAAGAUACUGACCCUGAAAACCUGAUCUACUGGGUUCAGUGCCGUGGAGAUAAUAUAUAUAAAACUGAAAACACCACAAACACCACAUUAACAGUAGAUGGACUUGCUCCGGCUUCCAUAUACGAAUUUGUUGUGUGGGUAGAAGAAAAUGGAACCAAUAGCACCACGGAGGCCAUCAACGCCACCACAGCUCCAAACCCAGUGACAAACCUGAGAGUGGAAACUCAGAACAACAGCUCCAUCACCCUGAGCUGGGACGAACCAGAAGGUCAUGACCUGACAUACUGGAUCCAGUGGCUUGGAGAAGACUACAGCAAUGUAUCUAAAAGCACAACAAACACCAGUUUUGUGGUGGAUAGCCUUGCUCCUGCUUCUACAUAUGAAUUUUUCGUGUGGGUAGGAAAAAGUGAAAUCAAUAGCACCACGGAGACCCUCAAUGCCUCCACAGCUCCAAACCCAGUGACAAACCUGAGGGUGGAAACUCAGAACAACAGCUCUAUCACCCUGAGCUGGAACGAACCAGAAGGUCAUGACCUGACAUACUGGAUCCAGUGGCUUGGAGAAGACUACAGCAAUGUAUCUAAAAGCACAACAAACACCAGUUUUGUGGUGGAUAGCCUUGCUCCUGCUUCUACAUAUGAAUUUUUCGUGUGGGUAGAAAAAAAUGAAAUCAAUAGCACCAUGGACACCCUCAACGCCUCUACAGCUCCAAACCCAGUGAUAAACUUGAGAGUGGAAGCUCAAACCAACAGCUCCAUCACCCUGAGCUGGAACGAACCAGAAGGUCAUGACCUGACAUACUGGAUCCAGUGGCUUGGAGAAGACUACAGCAAUGUAUCUAAAAGCACAACAAACACCAGUUUUGUGGUGGAUAGCCUUGCUCCUGCUUCUACAUAUGAAUUUUUCGUGUGGGUAGAAAAAAAUGAAAUCAAUAGCACCACGGAGACCCUCAAUGCCUCCACAGCUCCAAACCCAGUGAUAAACUUGAGAGUGGAAGCUCAAACCAACAGCUCCAUCACCCUGAGCUGGGACGAACCAGAAGGUCAUGACCUGACAUACUGGAUCCAGUGGCUUGGAGAAGACUACAGCAAUGUAUCUAAAAGCACAACAAACACCAGUUUUGUGGUGGAUAGCCUUGCUCCUGCUUCUACAUAUGAAUUUUUCGUGUGGGUAGAAAAAAAUGAAAUCAAUAGCACCACGGAGACCCUCAAUGCCUCCACAGCUCCAAACCCAGUAAGAAACCUGAGGGUGGAAACUCAGAAUAACAGCUCCAUCACCCUGAGCUGGGACGAACCAGAAGGUCAUGACCCAUCUAACCUUACCUACUGGAUCCAGUGGCUUGGAGAAGACUACAGCAAUGUAUCUAAAAGCACAACAAACACCAGUUUUGUGGUGGAUAGCCUUGCUCCUGCUUCUACAUAUGAAUUUUUCGUGUGGGUAGAAAAAAAUGAAAUCAAUAGCACCGCGGAGAUCCUCAACGCCUCCACAGCUCCAAACCCAGUAAGAAACCUGAGUGUGGAAACUCAGACCAUCAGCUCCAUCACCCUGAGCUGGGACGAACCAGACGGUCGUAAUGACACAGUUCACCUGACCUAUGGGGUCCAGUGGCUUGGAGAUGAUGGCAACUACAAAAACAAAAGCACAACGAACACCAGUGUCGUGGUGGAUAACCUUGCUCCUGGUUCUACAUAUGAAUUUUCCGUGUGGGUAGAAUACAAAGGAAUCAGAAGCACCACGGUGAUCAUCAACGCCUCUACAGUGCCCGCUGCUGUCAGCAAACCCUCCUGUGUCAGCGCCUCUGGGGGCUACGGGGUCAUUCUUACCUGGCCCUGCCCUUCUGGGGGUUAUGAUACCUUUGAGGUGGAAGUGGGCGGACAAUGGAGAAACCAAACUUCCUGUGGGACGGGCAUGUCUGUGUCAGAUCUUGGGCCAGCUCAGUCUUACACGGCCACCAUCACAACUAUCUCGAAUGGACUGAGGGCCUCACCCUUCUCUGUGAACUGCCACACAGAGAGUACAGGGGUCAUUGUGGGAGCCAUCGUGGGCAUCCUCUUGCUUUUCAUCCUUGUGGGACUCCUGAUUUUCUUCCUGAAGAGGAGAAGAAAGAGGAGCCAGCAGAAGGAAACGCCCAAGGAUCUGGUGUUCAGCGUCCCAGGGGAUAUCCUAGCCAAAGACUUUGCUAACCACGUCAGGGUGAAGGAGAAGGACAGCAACUAUGGAUUUGCUGAGGAGUAUCAGCAAUUGGCUCCGGAGGGCCAAGGCCAGUCUCAGACGACAGCAUUGGCUCCAGAGAACACAUCCAAGAACCGCUACAGGAAUGUACUGCCCUAUGACUGGUCUCGGGUGCCCCUGAAGCCCCUUCAUGAGGAACCAGGCUCUGACUAUAUCAACGCCAACUUCAUGCCUGGUCUCGGGAGCUCCAAGGAAUUUAUUGCAACCCAGGGUCCCCUGCCUCACACUGUGGGUGAUUUCUGGCGUCUGGUGUGGGAACAGAAGAGCCACACUGUGGUCAUGCUGACCAACUGCAUGGAGUCUGGACGGGUGAAGUGCGAGCAUUACUGGCCUCUGGAUGCGCAGCCCUGCACGCAUGGGCAGUUGCAAGUGACGUUGAUGAGUGAGGAGGUGAAGGAGAACUGGACAGUGAGGGAUCUUCAGCUCUUCCACAUGGGAGAACAACAGACUCACUCUGUUCGCCAGUUCCACUUCCUGGCCUGGCCAGAUCAUGGAGUUCCUUACUCCCCAGACCCUUUGCUGGAUUUCCAAAAGGUGCUGCGGGAGUGGGUGGACCAGAGCAUGGAUGGGGGUCCUCCCAUUGUGCAUUGCAGCGCUGGUGUGGGCCGGACGGGCACCCUCAUUGCAUUGGACGUCCUACUCCGACAGCUGGAGUGUGAGGGGCUGGUGGGUCCCUUCAGCUUCGUGAAGAAGAUGAGAGAGAGCCGGCCAUUGAUGGUGCAGACAGAGGCCCAGUACAUAUUCCUCCACCAAUGCAUCUUGAGGUUCCUCCAGAAGUCAGCCCCCGCCCUCAUCCUAAAGGAGUCAAUCUAUGAGAAUGUGCCAAACUUCAUUUAUGAGAACGUAGCUGCCAUCAGAGCCAAUGAAUCUGAGGUCUCAGCUACUGGGUGCUGAGCCUACACACAGAAAUAAUCAGGCUGGAUAUGGACCCCUGCUGAAGACCAGAAUCCUGAACCUCCAAGAGAAGUGAGGUUUGGAGUCUCAGCCUCCCCAGCCCACUGGAAAGCCAUCUCCUGUUGUCCAAGGACAGGAUGGGACUGCUGUACUUCUGAUAUGAGCCUAGUGGGAGCUGGGAGCCUAAGGACAGGGGCAGCAAGAGGAUUUCCUGUUCUUUGAGUGGAGGUGGCUGUGGCUGGGGCAUGCAGGGUCUCAAAGGAAUGGACUGGAGCCUGGAUUUAGAAGAAAGAAUCAGGAUCUGGAAUUCUGCUACCUGAGGAACAAGGGCGGGCAGGUACCUGCCCCUCCCCCGAUUAUUUCAGAAAUGGAAUCAGUCUCCUUGAAUCAGAGGCUGAAGGGAGCACCUUUGCUUGGGGGUCUCCGUGCACCCCGUGCCUGCACAUUCUUUCAGUCCAUAUAAUUUAUUGAACUAUUAUCCUCGAAGGUGGGUUUUUGUUUCAAGAGAUAAUAUUGGGAUAGAAGAGGGGGUUCCACACAUUAAAACUGGAGCAAACACAUGGAGGGAACGUGAAGAGCCCAUUAUACUCCAUCACUCACUACAAAAGGAUAGCUCAGUGGGAAAAUGCUUGCUUUGAAAGCUUGGGGACAUGAAUUUGAGCCCCAGAACCCAUGUGAAAAAAUCUAGGUGUGGUGGGGCUUGCUUGUAACGGUAGAAGUGAGGAGGCAGAGGUGGACAGGUCCCUGGAGCUUGAUGGCCAGCCAACCUAGCCUACUCGGUGUGUUCCGGGCCAGUGAGAAUGUCUCUCAAGACAAGAUAGACAGGGUCACUGAGUACUCAGCUGGAAAAGACCCUUCCUGUAAAGCGUGGUGACCUGAGGUCAGUCCCCAGGAAUGCACAUGGUGGCUGGAGAGAGCCAAUGCCUUCAAACUGUCCUUUGACCUCCACAUGCCCACUCCCCCCCAAAUAAAUAAAUGUAAUUUAAGUUUUUAAAAGGUGGAGGGAAAACAUGCAAAGUUGCCUUCUGACCUUCACACACAUGCACACACAUGAACGUGCACCACUAUACACACGGACACACAAGUGAGCGCGCACACACAUAUACAGAUUCGGAUGGCCAGGUCUUUCAAAGAGGGGUGAGGUACCAG